CCCUCCCGGCAGCCGGCGAGCUGGACGCAGAGGCCCGGCGACCAUGCGCCGCCUCCCGUGGGCCCUGCUGCUGCCGCUGCAGCUCGUUCUGCUUGUGGUCACCCGGGCCCCCGAGGCGCCGGUCAGCGCGCCGCGGAGCCUGGUGUGGGGUCCCGGGCUGCAGGCGGGCGUCGUUCUGCCGGUCCGCUAUUUCUACCUGCAGGCCGUCAGCUCGGAGGGCCAAAACCUCACUCGCUCGCCCCCAGGUCAAACACUAUUCAAAGUAGUAGUCAAAUCUCUUUCACCUAAAGAAUUAGUCCGGAUUCACGUCCCUAAACCUUUGGACAGGAAUGAUGGAACAUUUUUGAUACGGUAUAGGAUGUAUGAAACUGUCAUUGAAGGGCUGAAGAUAGACAUCCUUUAUGGUGAUGAACAUGUAGCUCAGUCUCCCUAUAUUUUGAAAGGACCAGUGUACCACGAGUACUGUGACUGCCCAGAAGAGAAUCCUCAGACCUGGCAGAAAACUCUUUCCUGUCCAACUGAAGAACCACAGAUUGCAAAAGAUUUUGCUUCUUUCCCCAGCAUCAAUCUGCAGCAGAUGCUAACUGAAGUUCCAAAAAGGUUUGGGGAUGAGAGGGGUGCCAUUGUUCAUUACACGAUUCUCAAAAACCACAUCUACCGGAGAUCUUUAGGGAAAUACACAGACUUCAAAAUGUUCUCAGAUGAGAUUUUGCUGUCACUGGCGAGAAAGGUCCUUCUCCCAGAUUUAGAAUUUUAUAUUAAUCUCGGAGAUUGGCCCUUGGAACAUCGAAAAGUCAAUGAGACCCCUGGCCCUUUACCUAUCAUUUCAUGGUGUGGCUCUCUGGAUUCACGAGAUGUUAUCCUUCCAACAUAUGACGUCACACACUCCACACUUGAAGCAAUGAGGGGUGUUACAAAUGAUCUCCUCUCUAUUCAGGGAAAUACAGGGCCUUCCUGGAUCAAUAAAACAGAGAAAGCUUUCUUCAGAGGUAGAGAUAGCCGAGAGGAGAGGCUUCAGUUGGUGCAGCUGUCCAAAGAAAAUCCACAGCUACUAGAUGCAGGAAUUACAGGGUAUUUCUUCUUCCAAGAGAAAGAAAAGGAGCUUGGAAAAGCGAAAUUGAUAGGUUUCUUUGAUUUCUUUCAGUACAAGUAUCAAGUGAAUGUGGAUGGCACUGUGGCUGCUUACCGAUAUCCAUACCUCAUGCUGGGGGAUAGUCUGGUUCUGAAGCAGGACUCACCAUAUUAUGAACAUUUCUAUAUGGCACUAAUGCCUUGGAAACAUUAUGUUCCAAUUAAAAGAAAUCUUGGUGAUUUACUAGAGAAAAUUAAAUGGGCCAAGGAAAAUGAUGAAGAAGCCAAGAGGAUUGCAAAAGAAGGGCAGUUGACUGCUAGGGACUUGUUACAGCCACACAGGCUUUACUGCUAUUACUACGGAGUACUGCAGAAAUAUGCUGAGCGCCAGUCCAGCAAACCUGAAAUACGUGAGGGAAUGGAACUUGUUCCUCAGCCAGAUGAUAACACAUCCUUCUGCCAAUGCCACAGGAAAAGGCCUUCAAGAGAAGAGCUGUAAAUCAGCUCAGAUUCAUAGGCCUGUGUAUGCCGGCUACCUCCUCGAUGGAAGCAUUCAGAGAGAAUCUAAGCUGUGAAGAACACAGUUUAGAAGACUUUACCCAGAGGACUAGGUCUCUUGGUGCCUUUACAGAAUAUUGAUGGAUAGAGCAAUAUUACAUCAAGUAUUACCAAAUAUUUUUCUAUAUUAAUUUCUUUGGUGUAAAAACUGCUGUUA